GCCGGGGUGCCCCAGCGAGCGCCUGACGCCGCCGCGCUGCUGCCGCGGUCGCUGCUCGCCCCGCUCCUCCCCGUCCAGCCGGGCGGUACCGGCGUCCUCCCUCACCCCCCGCCUGACCGGCGCGUCGUCGCGGUGCUGCUGCGGCGUUUUCUCCGCCACACGGUCAGGCGCGGCGGGGCAGCCACGGGGGCCUGAGGCGGCGGCGGUCGGACGGCGGUGGCUGAGGCGGCCGGGGUGUCUCGGCUGAGGAGUGGGUAGCCGGCUGGGCGGCGCUGCCGAGAUGCCGCUUUUCGCCCCCAACCCUUUCGAGCAGGACGUGGAAAAGGCUACAAAUGAAUAUAACACCAGUGAGGACUGGGGUCUUAUUAUGGAUAUAUGUGACAAAGUUGGAAGUACUCCUAAUGGAGCAAAGGAUUGCCUUAAAGCCAUCAUGAAGAGAGUAAAUCAUAAAGUUCCCCAUGUGGCUUUGCAAGCACUUACACUUUUAGGAGCCUGUGUAUCAAACUGUGGAAAAAUAUUUCACUUAGAAGUAUGUUCUCGUGAUUUUGCUAGUGAAGCUCGAAGUAUAAUAAAUAAGGCUCAUCCAAAAGUAAGUGAAAAGCUAAAAACUCUAAUGGUGGAGUGGUCAGAAGAAUUUCAGAAAGACCCACAGUGUAGCUUAAUAUCUGCAACCAUUAAAUCUUUAAAAGAAGAAGGUGUAACUUUUCCUGCAGCUGGAUCGCAGGCUACCACAAAUGCUGCUAAGAACGGUUCAUCGUUAAAUAAAAACAAAGAAGAUGAAGAUAUAGCUAAAGCUAUCGAGUUGUCUUUGCAAGAGCAGAAACAGCAACAAAUGGAAACUAAAUCCUUGUACCCAUCUGCAGAAAUUCAGCAAAACAAUCAGAAUUUGAGGAAGGUGCGAGCUCUGUAUGACUUUGAAGCUGUCGAGGACAAUGAGCUCACCUUUAAAAGUGGAGAAAUUAUUUUCGUUUUGGACGACAGUGACGCCAAUUGGUGGAAAGGUGAAAAUCAUAGAGGAGUAGGACUGUUUCCAUCUAAUUUUGUGACUUCAGACUUAAAUGUGGAACCCGAGGCAGCAACUGUGGAUAAAAAUUCUGUUCCUGAGGAUACUACAGAAGAAGUUAAGAAAGCAGAACCUGAGCCAGUUUAUAUAGAUGAGGAUAAGAUGGAUAAAACACUGCAGGUACUUCAGAGUAUAGAUCCUACAGAUUUAAAGCUUGAUUCUCCAGAUCUUCUGGACUCAGAAGAUAUUUGUCAACAGAUGGGUCCAAUGAUAGAUGAAAAACUAGAAGAGAUAGAUAGAAAACAUUCGGAAUUAUCUGAAUUGAAUGUGAAAGUUCUAGAAGCUCUGGAGCUCUAUAACAAACUGAUGAAUGAAACACCGAUGUAUUCAGCCUACUCAAAACUCCACCAUCCUGCACAAUACCCACCUACAUCUUCUGGUGUGUCAGUGCAGUCGUAUCCUGUACAGCCACCUAGUGGGAACUACAUGAUCCAGGGUGUUCACCAAGUCACCAUUUCCCCAGGUUACAGCCUAGGACCUGAUCAGAUGGGGCAGCUGAGGUCUCUGCCUCAAAGUAUAAAUUCUUCUGGAGCAAGUCAGCCAGCUCAAGCUGCAUAUUUAAGCCCAGGACCAGAUUCUGUGUUAAACCAGACGUACGUGAACCAGAACCCUGGCCUUCCGUCAGCUGCCAGCACAGCUGCUUACGCCCAGCAGCAGAUGGGAAUGUCAGUGGAUAUGUCGGCGUACCAGAAUAACACGUCGAGUGUGCCUCAAGGACCAGGCUAUCCUGUGGCAGUUCCCGCUCAUUCCGUUCUACAGCAGCAAACAAAUUACCAUCAACAGCCUCUCCUUUAAAAAUAAACCAGCUCACGUUUCUGAAUUAAUGAAUAAAGGUUGCCUGACCUAAAGAUUUUUAUGAAUACCUGUCACAGAUAUCAAAAUACAUUUUCCUUUUAAAAAACCCAACUUACUGUGUUAGGGUGAUGCAGAGUAAAAAUAUGCAUCAGAUCUGAUCGUUAAGCAUUUGCCUAGAGAUUGCUUGAACUAGAAUAGCUGAUGGUUUGAAAUAAUUUCGGAUUACUUUGAGCCCUUACUUCAGUGGGUUCAAGAAAUGCCACUUGUGAUUCUUAAAAGAUUGUCCAGAAAUAAUUUUCUUUUCAAUGUGUUUAUGAAAACUCGAGGACGCCUAAUCAUUGUUAUACGUUGCUCUCGUUAUGCGUUGCCUCCUCUGGUAUCUUACUGUAAUCUUGCUAUCCAAGUGGCUCUAGAGAAUCUCCGCAGCUUUAGAGCCACCUUCGCUCCGUGCUGCGUAAUCUGAACAACUGCACGAGUUCAGCAGAUGAGAGCUGGAAGAGAAAAUGAUUUGCUAUUGUGACAGUGAGGACCGUGCACCUACAGAAAUAGGAGAAAUGAGAUUUUUACAGUGCUGCCUGUUAGAUUUUGGGAGACUACAGAGAACUUCUUUUGAAGCAAGCAAGUGGGGGGUUGCUAGAACUCACUUGUGCCUUUUGGCAGAGGCAAUCCUGCAAGCACAAGUCUCCUUUGCAGGUGCAGGCAAGGGCUGCUCCCAGCUGACUGUGUGGGCACUCUGUGGAUGAGAGGUGCUGAGCCAGACGCUUGUACAGAAUCUCUUCUCUUUUCCUUUUUGGAUGUAUUUAGAAGUGAAGGAGUAUUGUAGUUCCUUGUGGUGAAGGAGGGGGCUCAAGAAUUUUGGAAGCUUAAGACUGUGAGAAUCUGCCUUGUUCUCUUUCCCACGGGGGAGCUGAGCGGAACAGGAAUUGUCUUUACGGGACCAGGGGGUUCUUGCCUCUCUUGGAUUUCCUUUCUCUGCCACCAUGUACGUGUCUAAAUGAACAUUAAUUACAGUCAGAGAAACUCUUAAACUGUUUGGAAAAAGUGUAUUUAACGCUCUAUCUGCAUAGGCCGAACACACGGGCUUCGUGAGUGGGAUUGUGCUCCUCCUUUAAUACAAGGAGUGGCUGCGUAUUGCAAAUGACAGAUAUGUCUUUAGAACAGGAAUUGCUGCAGAACUGUAGAAGCGUAGCAUUUGGUGGCGAAGAAAAGAAAUCCAAGAAUUUCUUCCCUGAUGCACUUUUUUAAUGGGUCGGGUUUGUACAAGAGUAGCAGAUGAGCUGAAUUAUCUUUCAGGAGUGUGGGGUUUCUUUCUCUUACUGUUUCAGCCACUGAAAAAAAAAAAAUCACUAUUUACCUACUGACUUUAGCAUAGUCAUAUUUAUACCUAUUUUAACAAUUUUAUGAUGAGUAACUAUCUUUAAAUUGGGAAUAUAACUGAUAAAAACAUCUUGAUUAAAUGCAUGAAACUCCCAAAUGUCUAAAUAAGUCUGUUUGGUGUAUAAAUUUUCUACCAAAUGGGAACUAUCAGAUCAUAGACUGUUGAGUAAUAAAAAACAGCCUUCACUCAGUGCCACCUCCGUUUCUUUUACAUUUUAUUUAAUUAUUUAGUAUCAUGACCUUAUUCAUUUGCAGCCUCAUGCUUAUGCAAUAAGGUAUUCAGUACCUGCUCUUUAAAUUGAUUUUUUUUAAUGUAAAUUUGUGCAUUUGGAAGGAAGCUUUUGUCUUUCCUUUUGAUGUGACUUUGUCUUUAUCCUUCCCCCUUGAAGUAGCCGAGUAUAAGUAACACAUGUUGCAAUACUCAAGUAUUUUGAUAACUUGUUCCUUGCCUUCUUUAAGAAGAAUUAAUUUCAGUGCUGCUGUUCAAAAUUAUUAUUACUUGGAGAUUUGAUUUUUUUGGUAAGUUUACUUUGUUCCAAGUCGGUAUGUAGUCAAACUAAACCUUGCUAUCAUUUCUGAAGAUUGCCCAUUUGUUAGUAAAUUGAGACAAAGGUAGGUAUUUUUAUUGGAUUGAAGAUUUUGGUCCAGCAGAAAUACUGAGUAUCUUAAAUUGAGGUAGCUAGACAGAUGUGAUUUGAUUAUGUUCAGUUAAUUAUUAAAUAUAAAUAAUGUAUAUACUCAUUCGUCUGAGAUUGUCUGAGAUUUUCUACACAGCUACAUAUGUGCGUUCUGUUAAAGCCUGAAAUUUUAUAAAUGCAGGAUUUGUCAUUCUGUCAUCUCUUAUAUUCCUAAUUCUGUGAUAUGCAACUUGUAGAUAGUGUACAAUAAUUUAAUGAUUAUUAAAAUAGUGUAUUUAGAGGGUUUUGGUGUUAAUAGGAUCUGUUUUUUUCUCUUCAUACUUCUAUACAUUAUCAUAUUUAUUUUUAAGGCCUGAUUGUAACUGAACAUGCUGCCAAAGGAUUUCUCUAACUUCAGAUUUCUACAUUAGGUUUCUACCUACUGUUUUAUAUCAGGAAUCAACGGUAGAUAACUUCUGCUUUUUCAUAUAAACUCUUAAUGGUUAACAUAGAAAUUUGUGCAACUUUAUAAGGAGAAUUUUAUUGUAUUUGUUUCAUGGGUGUUGAAAAUAUCAAUACUAGAUCAAUUUUCUUCUGUUACGAGUUGGCAACCUGUUAUGUCUAAGUCACAGUCAGCUGAAAGCAACAACUGAAUUUGUCUGUAAUAUCACCACGCAGAGACGUGCGUUGAGAAAUCCUGGUCUGUCAUGCAGCCUUGAUGCGACACGUGCAUCGUCUGUUUCAUUUGGGGCAGAAACCGCAAUGUGAAAAAAUCAGAUUGUUUCUGUAACAAGUAAACCUUAAAAAACAAUGUUCGUUUUAUUCUGAGUUUUGUUCGUAGAUGUUCGUGCACUUGUGGAACAGUGUAACUCUCGGAGGCUGUCCCUCAGAAAGGAGAGCUGAGCAGGACGUGGCUGCAGCUGCGUCUCUUACAGGAAUUGUUUUCUGAUAGGAAGAUAAUUUUUUUUUCCUUAUUUUUAUCGCUGCAUCUUUUCUAAGAAAUAAUAGGCACUAGUCUUGCUCACAUUGACCACUGUGAUGUACCUGCUGAAUGACUGAAUAACUCUCUAGACUUUGUGGCUCUUGGCCAUUAAAUUUCAGAUGAAUCGGACUCAAAGCCUUUUGACUUGCUGAAGGAACGGAAGCGCGGCUGGGGCAGGUGCUGGGCUGAGCUGCCCCAGCUCUGCCCCUCCGCGUGGCUGCAGCCUCAACUUUGAGUUCAGAGCGAGGUUCCGCUUCCCUCUUGUCUGGGGUUCAGGGUGAAUGUGUCCUGCUCAAUAGAUGUAUCGCCCUUCUUACAGAAAAUUGUCUUAAAGAGUUUGCAGUAUUAAGAAGAGGGGGAUCUGUUUUCUUGGAAUGUCCUUUUGGCCUCCUGUCCGCAAUGUGUGUGCGUUGCCUUGUGUGAAUAAACCGGUUUGUUUAACACA